AUGCUGGUCCGUCUCUGAUAUAAGCGUAUGUCACACAGGCGUCGCCUCAGAUUCCAUCGGGCGACCGACGGAUCCUCAGCCCAACUGCGGCUCUAGGAGGGGACAUCGGAAGGCAGGCCACCUAUAAUGCAUCGCGGUUAGGACAUAAGGCAUGGAAGCCCUGUCAGCCAGACGCACUCCAAGUCGCCUCAUAAGAUUGAACUGAACACGGCAACGCAAGGACAACUCGCUGAGGACGUAGCCCACCUGAACGACACCAUUGCCUUCGCCAGAGACACGGCUCAGUAGUACAGUCAUGCCUCACAACAGUGGAACAACUGACACUGGGUCGUGGCGGCGAGAGUGUGAAUUCGGGAUGAUCAGAAGUGUGCGGCAAAGUUCCUCGCGGUCUUUGCUGCCAUAGGGAUAGUCAGCAGAAGAACAGCACAGCAUAAUACAAAUCUGCCAACAAGAGCAGAAAAAGAAAGAGACGAUGGCGUCCGUUACCAGAAAUGAGUCAGAGCUGGAGCUUCGCACACUCCUUCAAGGAGCAGACCUUCUCUCCUACUACGACAAAUUCAUCGAGAUAGGUGGGGACAAUGUCAAGCAGCUUCGUGACGAUUUCCAGGAGGUGAUUCGCCUGGUAGAUAUGGCCAGAAAGCCCCUUCACGUCAAGAGAUUGAAGAAAGCACUGACACAAUGGACACCACAGCCAGUCGCAGGUACGUCCACUGCAGCAGAUGUAACAGAAGGGGAGCUUCACGAACUACUUCGACAAGCGGAUCUUAUCUCCUACCACGACAAGUUCAUGGAGAUAGGCGGCGACAGUGUGCAGCAGCUCCGGGACUUGACGGAAGAAGAGCUUCAAGAUGUCAUCAGCCUGGUAGGGAUGGCCAGGAAGCCCUUUCACGUGAAGCGGUUCAAAAAAGCAUUGGAGCAUUGGGCACACCAUGCAGGGACACACGAUACAGACACAUCCACAUUGCCAACGCAAGGGGGCCCGUCAACAGUGGCAGAAGAUUCUCCUGAGACCGAGAGCAUCAGGUACGAGAUGCAUCUUGCCAUUGACAACAAGGACGUGGAACAAGCGCGAAGGUGUCUGCAGGAAGAACGGCGACUAAAAGUGUGGCUCCAUCCAAGUGAGAAAGAGUCAGCCAUGUAUCGAGCGGUGACGAAAAACGCAUUUAAAAUCUAUGGCCUUCUGCUGUCACAGAAAUGUGACUUCAAGACGUACACCCCCAGUGAUUUUGAAAAUGAACGUGAUUGCCUCUCGCGCAUGAAUCCUCUGGAAAAGUACGAACUAGCGCGGCAAAAUGACUUUGUAACCACAUACGAAACAAACUACAUCUGUGCGCUCAAGAGUAGAUCCACCAGCCAAGCCGAAUGCGCUGGAUUUGAGGAAAUUCUGGAUAACUUGUACAAUGUUCUCGAUACUAGCGAUUUACUCAAGCCCGUGUUGAAACUCGCUUCAAUGGCGCCAUAUUUGAGCAUUCGCUUCGACUUUGACCAAGAGCACAUCCAGUGCAUGGUGGGCGGCGGCCGAACUACCUUGGGCAUAACUUACCUCGAAAAACAAAGAGUCUUUGUGGGAUCCAAGGGACUUGAUGGAGAAAGAACAGAUACAACCGAACGUCGCACCAAUGAAGUGGCAGGGACUCUCGUCCAUGAGCUAUGUCAUGUGGCCCUUUUUCUUGUAUACGGAAAUGAUGGAAAGCCGUACCACAGCACUGAUGAACUAACAAGAGACCAUUACGCAGGUAUCCUCGAGGAUGUCAGAUAUAGAAAGGACGAAUUAGAUGAAAUCUUAAAAUUGGCAUUUCAAGGCAAAGACGAAGCAGAACUAAUUGUGCGAAUACCCCAUAUUCUCGCUCUUUAUCCUGCUGAAGGCAAAACAAUUCUGCAGCAACAAGUCCCGGGUCUCUACCAGUUCUUCAAGGAAAAGGUCGUCCAAGAUAUGAAACAGUGCAUACAAAAUGGCUGUCCCAUAAAGGACAUCGAGAUCAUCAAGGAAGAAAAUGGCAAAUUAGGGAGGGCGUCCUCCACAGAGGAACUUGGAAUAGAAUUUCUAAACAUGCCUGAUGAGCCUAUUCUGCGACGUGAGUCAGCUAUUAUCCUGGUAGCAUCACACUUAACAUUCCUCGAAGCAAUGAUCAACGACCUGGUGAGGUCAGCUGGAGUUUCGUAUCUGUUUCUCGAGACAUCGCAGUGGAAGGAGAGAACGGAGAGCAUCCUCAUCGAAAACAAGUGCAGCUUCUUGCUUUUAUCGUAUGAAGGCAAAGGUGACCUCAAGAAUGUUCUAAAUUUCUCGAAAGUGUUGCAUGAUGUCACCGGCAUGAAGCUAAUUCUGCUAACGUCAAAGGACAACCUUCAGCAUUGUCUCGAAAGAAUUAAAGAGAGUACGUUAUGUGGCAUCAAAAUUUACCAGGACACCGAACACAGAGCUUCUUUUGAGAACGUCACAACCAAGUGCAAGAAUAACAUUAUCAAGAAGUCACGGAUUGCUCUUCAGUCUUCCGACGAGACGUCUUUUAUUAAAGACAUCCUCAACACCGAUAGUUUUUCGAAAAUUUGCCAGGAGGAGACGUUUCUGACACUGUGCAGAAAAGGAGUACUAUAUAUUGGACCUGAACUGAAGGAACUUCAGGAGGACGUAAGCGAGUGCUACAUUAACCAAAAGUGCGAUAGGUCCAUUGAAGUCGACUUGAAGAAACUUGGAGAGCGUAGUAAAGACGACGCUUUCGCUUUUAUCGGGUGUUCGAUGGAAACACUCCAGUCAUCUCUGCCUGAAGGUCUUGCUGUGAAAAAAAUGGGCAUCUUCGACUGUUUCGAGAAAAUUGUCCUCCUGGAGAAGGAGCGUGACUACGGUCGCCUUGUCGCAACUGAACACUACAAGGGGAAGACAGUUCACCUUCUUGAAUUCUGUGAAGGACGUUACAUGUGGAAAAAAUCAAAUGGUGCCCUAAGUCACCUUCCUAUGAUCGGGAAAGAAAUUUACUCCUCGAAUGACCUCCUUGAAGUAAGUCAGAAAAUCGUCGUUGUCUCGGGAGACCCUGGUACGGGAAAAACUGUGCUCGCAACGCGGCUCUGCACUCAAAUCAAGAAAGAAGACAAGAAAGCAUGGGUACUUUACGUAAGCGAUUACCCGAAGAGGCAAGAAGCGAUGGAAUUGCUUGAUCAAGAAACUGGUUGCAUAAAUAUCAAGCAGUUCGCGAAGUUAUGCCGUGUGAAGACAAGUGGAGAAGAGUUUGAACUGCUUCGUCAAAGUGUCACUAUGGGAAGUCCGUUUAACGUGUACGUGAUUUUCGAUGCCUUUGAGGAAAUUCAGGAUAGCAGCCGGAAAGAGGUGCUACAGUUUGUAAAUGUUUUCGUGGAAAGAAAUCUAUCCAAGUGCCCUGAGGAACUUCCCUUCCUACAAUCUAAGGUAUUGAUCUUCACACGCACUAUCUUCAGAGAUUCGGUUGAAGGUCAAAUGCACGUGGUAGCUUUUCAAAUGGUUUCGUUCUCCGAUGAAGAUCAAGCGCGAUUUCAGGAGAAAUAUAAGCAAUAUUUUGACUAUAUGCAAUCAUCUCCACCAAACACAAAGCCCGAUGAGAAGCCAUUCGAAGCCAUUCUUCGCGACGUUAAGAACAGGGAUAGCACCCUUCUAGGAAAUCCGCUUUUUCUACGAAUGACAACAGAAAUGAAGCUAAGAACAGCUUGCGACUCCGAUUACACUGAUUUGGUGCAACGUAUGGACAGCCCCUGCAACUGCUCUUCCCUGUUAUCCGUGUAUAGGCCGUUUGUUCAGUACGCAUACCUUCGAUAUCGCAAGGAAAAAAAGAAUGAGGAUAUAGGAAGAGCCGCGAACGAAGAUGAUGACGAAAAGCUGCAGCGGAUAUUUUUCAGAGACCAUGGUCUCCUGGCACUGAAAGCUGUUCUCUCGGAGGACGACCUGCAGAAACUGCUAAGCAAAAGUGAACUUGGUGACUUGGAAGCCGGUGGACAACUGAUGAUGGAAGUCGAGCGCAACAGACUAAAACACGGUCUAGUACAAGGACUGAGCAACGGCGUCCCUCGUUUUGUGCAUCACAGCUUCGCCGAGUUUCUUGGAGCCAAUUUGCUCUUCCAGAAGGUAAAAGAGGGAAAAGACAGUGAUACGAAACGUAUCGUCUCUAGGUUGUACGCAGAAUCUAGCUAUUUGGGCAUGUUGACUUUUUUUCGAUGGUUUAGCUACAGAGCGACACGCAGUACACAGCAGUAUUAUGAAUAACGACCUAGAGAGCUUUAAAGAAGCUCUAGAAAAUGGUUGCUCUCUAGACGGCCUCGAAAGAACGCCUCUGCACGUCGCGGCGCUGCACGUCGCGGCGCUGCACGCUGGUCGCGCUAUCUUAAAGUAUAUUCCCGUUAAUGAAGCGCUGGCACAGAAAGAUUUGAUAGGUAUGACACCUCUCAUGUACGCUGACAAGAUUCAAUCCUGGGGCAGAUUAGACGCCUUCUGCGCUCGUGGUGGCGGUUUUCCUCUCAAUUGGUUUGAACAACUACCGACGGUGCUCGCGAACCUCACCUCUCAACGAGGUCUUAAUAGUUUCUUUUUAUGCGACGUCGUUGACGCGCGGCGUAAGGGACUAUUAUCUGUGCUGCUUAGAGAGUUUUGCAAAAUUAAGAUAUAUUCCAGUGGCAUCUGCAUUGAGAGUGCACCACGAUACUUCAUGGACCCCGACCAGGACGUGAUACAUACCCCUGUAGAUAUUGACGAUAUUAAUAUUGACGGUUUCUUUACGCCCUUAUAUAUCAGUAUCAUUAAUGACGAACUUGAUAUUUUCCAGAUGCUUCUUCCUUAUUCCUCACUAAACUUUAGUGAUAUGCUUGGCAAAACAGCGCCCGGUGAAUGCGUUGCCGACGGUCGUACGGACAUGCUGAAGCAUCUACUCCCUUUAACACCUGUAUUACAGUACCGCGAUGUAUGUCCGAGUAAACCUGACAUUGUAGACGUUCUACUCCCA